AAGGCCAGAAGGGUCUAGCGGCGCGGCGCCAUUUUGCCGGAGCCUGCGACCGAGUGGGAGUGGAGUGGAGCGGCGGUUGUUGCCGACUCUUUCCUCCUCCCCGCGGUCCAGUCAGCGGUUUGAUUAGGCCAUCGGCCCUCACGCCGAGUCUUGUCUCAUAUUUAGUUCUGGAGAACACCUGGCCGACAUGAGUGAUGUAGAGGAGAACAACUUCGAGGGCAGAGAGUCUCGCUCUCAGUCAAAAUCUCCAACGGGAACUCCUGCUCGUGUAAAAUCGGAGAGCAGGUCAGGAUCUCGUAGUCCAUCAAGGGUUUCCAAACACUCUGAAUCCCAUUCUCGAUCAAGAUCAAAAUCCAGGUCGAGAUCAAGGAGGCAUUCUCAUAGACGUUACACUCGAUCCAGAUCCCACUCUCAUUCUCAUAGGAGGCGAUCUCGAAGUAGAUCAUACACACCGGAAUACCGACGUCGAAGGAGCCGAAGUCACUCUCCAAUGUCUAACCGGAGAAGACAUACAGGCAGCAGAGCGAAUCCAGAUCCCAACACUUGUCUUGGAGUGUUUGGCCUCAGUUUGUACACAACAGAGAGAGAUCUUCGUGAAGUAUUUUCUCGAUAUGGACCACUGAGUGGUGUCAAUGUGGUUUAUGAUCAGCGAACUGGACGGUCUCGAGGAUUUGCUUUUGUUUAUUUUGAGAGAAUAGAUGACUCAAAGGAGGCUAUGGAAAGGGCAAAUGGAAUGGAGCUAGACGGUAGAAGAAUUCGUGUGGAUUAUUCUAUCACCAAGAGAGCGCACACACCUACACCGGGCAUCUACAUGGGCAGACCUACUCAUAGUGGUGGUGGCGGCGGUGGAGGUGGAGGCGGCGGCGGAGGUGGAGGUGGUGGCAGGCGGCGAGAUUCUUACUAUGAUAGAGGAUAUGAUCGUGGGUACGACAGAUAUGAAGACUACGAUUACCGGUACAGAAGAAGAUCACCUUCUCCUUAUUACAGUCGGUACAGAUCACGAUCAAGAUCUCGUUCUUACAGCCCAAGACGCUAUUGAUAAACUGAAAGGUUGCUGUCAAGGACAUGUUUUCUUUUUAUUUUCCUUUUUUUUUUUAAUUCUGGAUUUCCUUAAGCUUCUGAUCCUGCCUACUCUUUAAAAAGAACCCUUUAAAAGCCGGUUUGUUUAGCAUCUACAUGUUGUCAAUUGUGUUGCUGUUUUUUACUCUCUAUUAUACUCUUGAAGAUGUAAUUGUUCUUGAGUAGUUAAACAUCUUGAGUAAAAAAGGAACCCCAGUGUUAUGCCUGGUAAAUUAUUUUUCUUUUACAUAAAAUUAACUCUAAGCUAAUCAAAUGAGGAAAGAAAUUUACUUUUUUAAAGCCUUUUUUGUGUUAGACUUUGUAUUAGGUAUCGUAUUAGAGACUGGCAUUUAUGACUUUUUUUUUUUUUUUUUUUUCCAGGUAAGAUAGUAACAUAAAGUAGCUCAGUCAUGUCAGGCUUGUCUGGGGUGGCAUGGAACAGUCAAAUAGUUGAGUGUAGUAAGUUUGAAGCUAUAGAAGAAAACACUUGGUCAUUUCUUUUGAAGAAUGGAAUUUUUGAACCCUAACAAUUAAGUCUUCGUUUUUUAGAGGUGAAAACUUGUGGACUCCUACACAUGUUAUAUUUGAAGUAUGCUUUAAACUUUACAAACUUAAAAUGUGUUUUUUUUUUUGGUGUUAAACUUAUAUGAAGUUUAAAUAUUCCCUUAAUCAGUGAAGGACAACCCUUAUUUAUUAACUACAGCAAUUGUAUAAUUUGCCUUUAGAAAUUUUGGUAUUGGGACAAUGGUCAUCGUGUAGUAUAGAGUCCUUAGAAGAUACAUGUGGGGAAAAGUAGUCUCCUUCCAAAUAAAGUUAAUUUCUUUGAAAAUUGUAUUGUCUCUUUAUUUUGGUACAAUAGAAAAAUAUCUAGAUUGAAUUUGGGCACCAGUCCUUCAUUUUCCCAGCAUUCCUCCAGUAUGUAUUUAUACAAAGUUUUGUCAAUCCUAACUUUGCCACUAUUUUUGCUUACACCUGAAUGUGUACUCCUUGUUUGUCCUUCAGUCUUUAAAAAAACUCUUAUUAUUCUUCCCUCUUCUUUUUUGUGGACCAACUUGUAAAUAUUGAGAGUAUUUUGUGUACCAGUCAUUAUAGGAAAGAUAUGAUGGCUCGUCUCUUCAAGAAGCCCGUAUUCUAGUAGGAAGCAAACCACUGUUACAGUGAAGAGGUGGAUGAUUCAGGUGACCUUUAAAAAAAGGUAUAGGAGUAUGAGCUCCUUUGUUUUGUCUCUAAAAGCAUUGGGAACAAUGAGAUUAUUGUGACCUGUGAUCCAUAAGUGAAGCUGAGAAUUUUGUAAAUAUAUGGGAUCAAAGAGCCUCAGGAACCUUACUAUUAAAAAGCUAAAUUUUCAAAGGAUCUUUUUUGUUGUUGCUGUUUUUGCCAGUAAGGGAUAGUCGUAGAGGAAAACUGGCAAUCUGUGCUGGUCCUGAAAGGGUUUUUGUUAAUCCAGGUUAUUAAAAGGACUGGGAACCAUUGUCCUAAAGACAACAUUAAUCUCUUGACUAGGAGUACUUUGAAAACUUAAGCAGUCAUUACUACCAAGUCACUGCUAAAUACUAAUUGCUAGGUUAGUUAUAAAGGAAAUGUGAAUUCUUUAUUUUUUUCUAGCUUGUGGAAAACAAAAUGGGACCUUAAAGAGUUCUAAUUCAAAGCAUAAAGAAUACCUUUUAAAAAGUUGAUUUCUAAAAUUGUGCCCUUCUCUUUAAAAAAAACAUCUAUAUGAGACCAAAUAGUCAACAGAUACUCUAAAGCAUAGGUGAGAAGUUGGGGGCCUCUGAGACUAGGGUAAUGGGAACGUGUUAUGGAUUGAAUUGAGUCCCCAAAAAAUGUAUUGUCCACUUGGCUAGGCCAUGACUCCCAGUAUUGUCCACUAUUUUGUCAUCUGAUGUGACUUUUCUAUGUAUUGUAAACUCUAUCUCUGAUAUUAAUAAGGCAGGAGUAGAGGCAGUCAUGUUAAUGUUGCAGGACUCAGUCUACAAGAUUGGGGUUUUGUCUAAAGCCAGUCUCUCUUAAGAUAACCCAGCAGAGAGAUGGGGGAUCUCAUACCACUAAGGAACAAGAGCCAGGAGACUAGCACGUCUUUUGGAUCCAGGGCCCCUAUACUGAGAAACUCUUCAACUAAGGAGGAUUGAUGGCAAGAGACCUUCCCCCAGAGCUGGCACCCUGAAUUCAGACUUAGGUCUUUCUGGACUGAGAGAAUAAAUUUUCUCUGUUAAAGCUAUCUACUUGUGGUAUUUCUGUUACAGCAGCACUAGAUAGCUAAGACAGAACCGAACAACUGGAACAGAAAUGAGAAUGUUGAAACAAUGUGAAGUAACCAGUAUCACUGAACAAUAGCAUCGAAAUUGUUUUGCUUUGUACACUUUCACUGAAAAUGAUUUUUUUUUUUUUAAUUGUACCACCACCACCACCCCUGUGCCAAAAAAAAAAACCUUAA